ACUGCUGAAGGUCUUCUUCUGUAAUCUGACUCUAAUGGUUUCCUCAGCAACAGACGUGGCUUUGUUGUAAUCAUGCAUCAUUCAUGAAGAUAAACUCAGUGAACAGGAUGGAAGAGUGUUUGCAUUUGGUCUGUGAGUCGAUGGGUGUACAUGAGGAUGAUGAUGUCGGCGUGGACGUGAUCUGUUCCCUCUAUAAGAGCGUCUUCCUCAUCACCGCCAGCCUGGAUGAGACAAAGAGAGCCAUUAUACAGGUCAGAGGUCAGAGUGGAGGCUUGUCAUGUCCAGCCAGAGGAGUUCUGCAUGUUCUCCUAGUGAUGGAAAAACAACGUGACAACAGAGAAGAGCUGUACUGGGAUCUCCAGAUGUUGAAGGCUGGUAGAAUCAAUCAUAAACAAAAAACACAAUCCUCAACAAUCAACUUUAGCUCCAGACAACAGCAGGAUCCAGAGCAGUUUAUUAUCUUGUGUCUUCAGAACAGAGCCAAGAGACUUUGCACCAGACUCGUUCUUGACGGCGUGUGGAGUGUCCUACCGUCUCUUUCUCAGAGGAACGCCGGCGUCAUGCGACCGGGCACGAUCUGUCCCAGCACUACCGACAUCCUCCAGCUCCUGUAUUACAAAUAUGAGGUCAUCAGAGAGCGACUGUACAGAGAGAUGUUACAAGAUGAAUAUGGUGUUGUUUGGUGGAACUCGAUGUCAGCGUGGGAUCAGACAGAAUGUGUGUGUGAAUUAGGAGUGUGUGUAGAGCUGGCUUUCAGACACAGAGACUGGCUUCAGGUGUGUGGGCUUCCCGGGGCCCUCCGUUGCUACAGGAGCUGUGGUUCUGUGGUCUUGCGAGGCUGUCCUGAGAGUGUUAAAUCUAGAGAUCAGGCUUGGUCAUCUAAACCGAGGGAACAGGCCUGGUCCGCUGUCAUCUUCCUGUCGGAGCUGGACUCACAUUAUCAAGAUGAGAAGGAAUCGAUCAGCGCGCUCAUGAACAGAUUGGGACAGGAAGCUCUGCAUGUUAUAUAUCUCAAUAUGUGUGUUGCUCUGCGGAGAGCCGAGAGAGAGAAUCAGUCCUACACGGCACUGCUGGUCGCCAGACAGCACUGGGACAGAUGGCCUUGUAUGAGAGGUUCAGUCAGUCAGGAUCUCACCAGGAUCUGGAUUCAGGAAAAUGUGGAUCCCACUGCUAAAAAACAGCAGGGCUGGAAAACAGGAAAUUGCGCACAAAAGGCUGUGCUGCAGUUUUUGGUUCUGUGUCAGGAGCAGGAAAGGAAACGAUUGGUGGAGAUCUUACACAAGCUUUCCCCGAGUGACCUCGAGGGAAACAUUCAGAAAAACAAUGUGGUUCAUGGAAACGCGGUGGAUCAGAGCUGUGUGUGGAGCCUGCAGCAGAUUAAAGCCUCUCUACAGGAAGCACAUGGUUCUUAUACCGGACCAUUCGCCCCAGGGUGUUCUGGGAUAGGUGUCUCAUGGGGGGAAUGUGCCACUCAUUUGCUGACCCAGCUGACACAGGCACAGGAUGAUGAGGCCUGGACCGUUUUAAACUCUCUGCCAGAUUUGGACCCCGAGGGUCUUUGGACUUUGCUUCGCAAAUAUGAGAGCGAACUUCACAGACCCAGUUUCAACAACCUGCAUGAAGUUUUGCAGUCACGUGGACCAGCGCACGCCAGCAGAGGCACCGGUGCAGUGAACGCUCACAAUGAGAGAGAGAGGACUGAACAGGAACAGGAACAGGAAGAGCUGUCAGAUGGUGAAAAAGAAGAACUCUGCACUGGCUGUGGCAUGGCUUUAGAUCCAGAAGAUACUCCAUAUUUAGAGAUCCUGUGUGUCAGAGACCCAAGAGAUGAAGAGAGCAUGAUGGAGACGAGGGACAGAGACAAAGAGAGAAGAGAGGGAGACAUUAAGAGCAGAGGAGACCCUCAGGAGAUCUCAGUGGAAAAACAAAACUCUCUGAUCACACUGGCCUGGAGCAACCUAGCCCACACAGAGAAUUACAUUCAGGAAGUGACCUCGGCUCAGGAAGUAGAGGCCGUCUCUAUUGUAAUGCAGGAGGAUACAGCUGAUAACAUGCAUGUUCCUGACACAACUGUGAACAACUGUGACAGGAAUGUGAACAUUUACACACAGCAGGAGAACAUAAGCUCCGUCUCACUGCAGCCAAGUGAACAAUAUGAAGAAAUGCAUUCAGAUCACGCAGAUGAUGUGAAAUUAAAUACACAGAUCCAAGAUGACCGUUCAGGCUUCAUCACAGCUGGGCAGCAACAGGAGGACAUAAGAGAUGGAGAGUUCACAUUCAGUGACACCCAACAGCCCGACCAAACACCACCCACUGCUCCAAGGCUGCUACAACACACUGACACAACAGACACUAACACAGCACCAGCAAGUGUCCAUUUCCCAGACACGCAACCCUCGCAAACAUUUGAGACCCAUGAGAUGGAGGCAUCGCUUCAGGAGCUGAGGAACGAGGAGAUCUGUGAGAGAGCAGGUGAGCGAGAGGCAAUGAUGCGCUGCCUAGUGGACAUCCAGAGGAGAGCAGAGCGACGCUGGCAGCGAGACCGAGACAGACAACUACUCAGAGUUCAAGAGCGACUGGCUAUCGUCCAGAGUCGGAAGGCAGAUGAAGAUCUGUUGGGUCUGACGCAGGAAGACACACUCAGACAUCUGACCGACACACUACAACAGGAGGACGAGCAACAACAGAAAACUUUAGUAAGAGAGAAACUCCAGCAGAUGAGGAGAGAACGCUCCUGCAUUCUCCAGACCAGACGGGAGAGAAAUACGGCUGGGUUUAAAGAGCUCCUUGCGCCCACAGCUCAACGCAUGACAGAAACUGAAGAAGGACGCUAGUGCGUAC